CAGCAGAUCAGGAUCAGUCAGGAGGAUGAGUAGGACUCUGCUGUGGCUGGUGGCCUCUGUGGCCUUGGCCUCCCUGACUUCUCUGGCUGAUGGAGUUCCAUUGAACGUGAUGUCUGCCCCCAACUUGUUGCGUGUAGGUACAGCAGAAAAAGUCUUUGUGGAGUGUCAAGACUACACUGGAGCAGCCAUGAAUGUCCAAAUCAACGUGAUGAACCAUCCAACCAAAAGCCAAAAGCUGGCAACCGCAUCUGUGACACUUAACGCUGCAAAUGACUUCCAGCAGCUUGGAGAAAUAACGAUCCCUGCUGGAGACUUCAGUAAGGAUGCCACCAUGAAGCAGUAUGUGUACCUGCAAGCUGAGUUUCCUGACCGAGUGCUGGAGAAAGUGGUCUUAGUGUCCUUUCAGUCCGGGUACAUCUUCAUACAGACUGAUAAGACCCUCUACACCCCCAACAGCAAAGUUCACUACAGGAUGUUUGCAGUGACGCCUCGUAUGGAGCCAGUAGAGAGGGACGAUGCAACCCAAACUGAUACUUCUAUUUCCAUCGAGUUUGUGACCCCUGAAGGCAUCAUUUUACCACUUGAUUCAGUCGCUUUGAAAUCAGGGAUCCACUCUGGAGAUUUCCAACUUGCUGAAAUUGUCAGUCCAGGACUGUGGAAAGUGGUGACAAAGUUCAACAGCAACCCUCAGCAGAGCUAUUCUGCAGAGUUCGAGGUCAAAGAAUACGUGCUACCCAGUUUUGAAGUUAAACUGACACCUAAGAGUUCCUUCUUCUACAUGGACAGUGAAGAGCUCACCGUCAACAUCAAAGCUGUGUAUCUGUUUGGUAAAGAGGUGGAUGGGACCGCCUAUGUGGUAUUUGGGGUUAUGCAAGACGGUCAAAAGAAAAGCUUCCCAAGUUCUCUUCAGAGAGUGCAGAUCGAGAGAGGUAUCGGAGUGGUCACGCUGAAGAAAGAGCACAUCACAAAGACUUUCCCAACCAUGGAUGAACUGGUGGGGACUUCCAUAUUUGUGGCCGUCAGUGUGCUGACGGAGAGCGGUAGUGAAAUGGUGGAGGCAGAGUUGAGAAGCAUCCAGAUUGUCAAAUCACCUUACACCAUCCACUUCAAGAAAACACCCAAAUAUUUCAAACCAGGAAUGUCCUUCGAUGUUGCGGUUGAAGUUGUGAAUCCUGACGGCAGUCCGGCACAAAAUGUGAGAGUGGUGGUGAAUCCAGGUGAGGUGCGGGGCGUGACCGCAGCCAAUGGCCUCGCAAAGCUUACCAUCAAUACAGUGGCAGGGAACCAGAGGUUGCAAAUAAAUGCAAAGACCAAUGAUCCUGGUAUUCUCUCUGAAAGACAAGCAUCAGCCUCCAUGGUAGCUUCCCCAUAUACAACAACAAGCAAAAACUACAUCCACAUAGGUGUGGAUACAGCGGAGCUGGAAUUAGGAGACAACCUGAAAAUCAACCUCAACCUCAACCGGAAGGAAAGCCAUCACACUGACAUCACAUACCUGAUCUUGAGCAGAGGUCAGCUGGUGAGCCACGACCGCUACAGGGCAGAAGGUCAAAUUCUGAUUUCCCUGAUAGUUCCUGUUACCAAAGAAAUGCUGCCAUCGUUCCGCAUCAUAGCCUACUACCAUACAAACAGCUAUGAAGUGGUAUCAGACUCGGUUUGGGUGGAUGUCAAGGACACCUGCAUGGGCUCGCUGAGGCUUGAAGCGGCAUCAGCCAAAAAUUCCUACGAGCCGCGCAAGAUGUUUGUUCUGAAGGUCACAGGAGAUCCGGAUGCCACAGUGGGACUGGUGGCAGUUGACAAAGGCGUCUACGUCCUAAACAACAAGCACCGUCUCACCCAGAAAAAGGUGUGGGACAUUGUAGAGAAGUACGACACAGGCUGCACACCAGGUGGAGGGAAGAACGGUAUGGGUGUGUUCUACGAUGCCGGGCUGAUGUUUGAGUCCAACACGGCUUCUGGGGAUUCUGGGACACCCUACAGACGAGAAUUGAAAUGUCCGGCCCCCAGCAGGAGGAAACGGGCCACUACUAUCAUGGACGUCACAACCAGUUUACUGAGUCAAUAUAAAGACCAGCUGCAGAGUGAUUGUUGCUUGGAUGGCAUGAAGGAAACCCUUCUCAACUACACAUGUGAGAGGCGCAGCGAGUACAUCAGUGAUGGUAGAGCUUGUGUCACGGCCUUCCUGCACUGCUGCAAGGAGAUGGAGGCCCAGCGAGCUGACAGGAAGGAGGAUAGCCUCCUACUUGCUCGCAGUGAGGUGGAUGACAACAGUUACAUGGACAGCAAUGAAAUAGUUUCUCGCACCAACUUCCCUGAAAGUUGGCUGUGGUCAGACUUCGAACUGCCUGCUUGUCCUCUACAAACACCUAACUGUGACACCACAUCAUUCACAAAACAUGUUCCUUUGCAAGACUCAAUCACAACCUGGCAGUUCACUGGCAUUAGUCUGUCAAAAACUCACGGAAUCUGUGUUGGCGAUCCGUUAGAGGUAAUUGUCUUUAAGGAAUUCUUCGUUGAUCUUAAGCUGCCGUACUCUGCUGUCCGUGGAGAGCAGGUGGAAGUUAAAGCAAUCCUCCACAACUACAGCGAGGAUCCUGCCACCGUGCGUGUGGAUCUCAUAGAGGAGGAGCAUGUGUGCAGUGCAGCCUCUAAACGUGGGAAGUAUCGUCAAGAGGUCACAGUCGGGCCCCAUACUACACGCGCGGUGCCAUUCGUUAUUAUUCCCAUGAAAAAAGGACAAUACAGCAUUGAGGUCAAAGCAGCUGUUAAAGAUUCCUCGCUCCACGAUGGAAUCAGGAAGAUACUGCGGGUGGUGCCUGAAGGAGUACUGGUUCAAUCUCCUCAGAUUAUAGUUCUAGACCCCUCUACUCAAGGUGUAUCUGGUAUACAAGAAGAAACUCUCAUCAGUGGAAUUCCUAAGAAAGAUUUGGUUCAAGACACACCUACUAGCAUACAGAUCUCUGUGACAGGGAGAGAACAAGUUUCUGCACUGGUGGAGAACGCCAUUAGCGGAACGUCUUUGGGUAGUCUGAUCAGACAACCCUCAGGCUGUGGUGAGCAGAACAUGAUCACCAUGACUCUACCUGUCAUUGCAGCAAUUUAUUUGGACAAAACCAACCAGUGGGAAACUGUGGGCUUUGAGAAACGUAAAGAAGCCCUCCAACACAUCACGACUGGCUACAAGCACGAGCUUAAUUACCGUAAAGUGGAUGGGUCUUUUGCUGCGUUUCCCACACGCCAAAGUAGCGCCUGGCUGACAGCCUAUGUUGCCAAGGUGUUUGCCAUGGCCAACAGUCUGGUGGCAGUGCAAAACAAAGACAUCUGUGAAGCUAUUAAGUAUCUGAUUCUCAACGCGCAGCAACCUGACGGCUUGUUUAAAGAUAAAGGAGCGGUUAUUCACGGAGAGAUGAUUGGUGAUGUUCUCGGCGCAGAUACAGAUGCCUCCAUGACGGCCUUCUGCCUCAUUGCCAUGCAGGAGUCACGCACAGUAUGCGAUGCCACUGUUAACAGUCUGCCUGCCAGUAUAGGCAAAGCAGUGGUCUAUCUGGAAAGGCGUCUGCCCAGCCUCACCAACCCAUAUGCUGUUGCAAUGACGUCAUAUGCUCUGGCAAAUGAAAACAAACUGAACCAGGAUAUCCUCUACAAUUUUGUUUCCCCAGACUUGUCCUACUGGCCGACACCUAAAGGACGUGUUUACACGCUGGAGGCCACAGCUUAUGCUCUUCUUGCUCUGGUCAAGGCCAAGGCCUUUGAAGAAGCCAGACCUGUUGUGAGAUGGUUCAACAGGCAGCAGUCGGUGGGCGGAGGCUAUGGAUCAACUCAGGCUACCAUAAUAGUGUACCAGGCAAUAGCAGAGUACUGGGCCAGUGCUAAAGAACCAGAGUAUGAUCUGAAUGUGGACAUCCUGUUCACGGGCAGGUCAAGGCCUGACAAGUUCAACUUCAACAGGAACAACCACUACGCCACCAGAACAUCUAAAAUCAAUGAUAUACACCAGAAUAUGACAGUGACUGCCACCGGCUCAGGAGAAGCAACGUUGACAAUGGUGUCGCUGUAUUACGCUCAUCCCAAAGAAAAGGAGAGUGACUGUCAGAAGUUUGACAUGACUGUGCAGCUCCUCCCAGCUGAGAAAAUGGAUGAGGAUGAGAUGGUAUACAUGCUGAGAAUAGAGAUUUUGUAUAAGGACAAGAACAGCGAUGCAUCCAUGUCAAUCUUGGAUAUUGGCUUGUUAACUGGCUUCACUGUUAACACAAAGGACCUGGACCAAUUGUCCAACGGUCGUGCUCGCACCAUUGAGAAAUAUGAAAUGGACAAAGUCCUGUCAGAAAGAGGCUCACUCAUCAUCUACCUGGAAAAGGUUUCUCACACACGACCCGAGGAGAUCACUUUCAGGGUCCAUCAGACGCUGAAAGUGGGCGUCCUCCAACCAGCUGCUGUGUCUGUUUAUGAAUACUAUGACCAAACACGUUGUGUGAAAUUCUACCAUCCAGAGAGGAAAGCUGGAGAGUUAAUGCGGCUCUGUCAAAAUGAUGAAUGCACAUGUGCUGAAGAGAACUGCAGUAUGCAGAAGAAGGAACAAGUCAGCAAUGACCAGCGCACGGCUAAGGUCUGUGAGACUGAAUUGAACAAUAAAAUAGAUUUUGCGUACAGAGUGGGACUGGAAGAGUUUACAGACGGUGUGUCCACUGAUAUUUACAAAGUACGGGUACUGCAAGUCAUCAAAGAAGGAAGCAAGGAUGUGGGUCCUCUGAAUAAAGUGCGCACAUUGCUCAGUUAUCCACACUGCAGGGAUCCGUUGGAUCUGAGAACAGGCAACAACUACCUUAUCAUGGGCGCAUCCACAGAUAUUUACAGAGAUGACCAAGCACAAUCGCAUCAGUAUGUACUCGGAGAGAGAACCUGGAUUGAGUAUUGGCCCACAGACAAACAAUGUCAAACUGAGGAACACAGACGUACCUGUUUGGGCAUGGCGGAGAUGGUCGAGCAGUACCGAGUCUUUGGAUGUAACCAGUAGUGAAACCAAACAAAAUAAAGUGCUCUUUUUAAAUAGAUUUUAUUUUGGAUUUUAUCCUUAUAUAAAACUUCCCCUUCUAUUGGACAUAAGGGCCUAUGAUAUUGUACUGUAUUGAUUAAAACCAAAUGGUCUCAAUAA